AUGGCAUGUCCAUUCUCCGGACGUUUCAAGUCGACCCACAAAGACGAGAGAAACAUAGAAGAGGACCAUCGCAGGCUCGCAAGAAUCAGACAGGAUGAGAGAGGCAAGCCACCGCGGCAAACAUCGGUUCAAAUAACGUCGUCGCUCCUGGGAGAGGACAACGAGGAGCUCGAGGACACACAGACGCUUAAUCUGAAGCACUUGAGAGCCGCGGUGAUCGUCCUGACUAACCCUUCGAAUGAAGUGGUGGCUGUGGCGUUAGAGGCUCUGUUGAGUAAACGUGAAGCACCUUUCCCAAUGUCAGCGUCAUUAGAAAAGCUUCUACGUAAUGUUGUGGAGGAAGAGAAUUAUAACUUAUUAGAAGACAUUUACGAGACACUGAAUUACGAUUGCGACGUCGACGUGAACGCGUUUCUCGAUCAACUCGGCCAGGAGCUGAUCUCCACGGCUUGCGUGGGUCUCUUAGAACGGGCCUUUCGUUGCCUUGGGAACGAUCUGACCGCCUUCCUGACCACACUCGACGGCGUAAACGACGUUGUCCAGCACCAGUCCGGAUCGGACGCCGAGGCGGAGUUUGUGUGUAUCGCCACGCCGGAAGCAUUGGAACUACAUUUCACCACCGACCACCCUUCCAUAGCUUAUCUACUGGUUGGCAGUCUCAAGGGCAUCGCCAGGCAGUUUUAUAACGACAAAGCCGACGUGUAUAUACUGCCGGAUCCCUACAAUACUAAAUUUUUUAGAUAUCGCAUUACUCCGGAGCGUUACAGCGGACAGCUGGAUACCGACGUAGACGACGAUUUCGAUGUAGUCUCGCCCACUUUCCGUCCACUUUCCACUGAAGCAACGGACCUUCGUAUGGGGGUAGCAAGCUUCUGCAAGGCAUUCCCGUGGCACUUUGUCGUCGAUCGUCAGCUGGAACUCGUGCAGCUCGGUGUCGGCUUUAUGAAGAUUUUUGGUCAUCAUCUCAAUCGACUGGGCAGAGAGAUAUCGACGUAUUUCGUCUUCACACGACCCCACGGUGUCACUUUGACCUUUCACGAGAUCCUAAAGCGCGCGAACACACCGUUCAUCCUGACCCUUCAGAGACCGCACGGCGUCGAUAAAUAUCCCGCGGAGGGCUUGGAAAUGAAGGGUCAAAUGGUACAUUGUCCAGAAUCCGACUCGAUUUUGUUCGUCAGCUCACCGUUCUUAAAUGGGUUGGAGGGCUUAACGGGUCGAGGACUCUUCAUUUCUGAUAUUCCUCUUCAUGAUGCUACAAGGGACGUUAUACUCGUCGGCGAGCAAGCCAGGGCACAGGACGGCUUAAGAAGACGAAUGGAUAAAUUGAAGAGCUCCAUAGAAGAAGCUAACUUGGCGGUCGAUGUGGAAAGGGAAAAGAAUGUCAGUCUUCUACAUCUCAUAUUUCCACCGGAUAUAGCAAAACGUCUGUGGCUAGGAGAAACAAUCGAGGCGAAGACAUAUCCGGACGUCACGAUGCUGUUCAGCGAUAUAGUCGGAUUCACUGCUAUCUGCGCCACGGCAACGCCGAUGAUGGUCAUCAAUAUGCUACAAAAUCUCUAUGAGCAAUUUGACCUAUACUGUGGUCAGUUGGAUGUGUAUAAGGUAGAAACAAUCGGUGAUGCCUAUUGCGUUGCAUGCGGCCUUCAUCGAAAUACCAAUACACACGCGCAACAAAUUGCUUGGAUGGGCCUAAAGAUGAUACAAACGUGCUCUCAUCACUUGACUCACGAAGGCAAGCCAAUAAAGAUGCGCAUUGGUAUUCAUACCGGGAUGGUGUUGGCGGGCGUCGUGGGCAAGAAGAUGCCGAGAUACUGUCUCUUCGGACACAACGUCACAUUGGCAAAUAAAUUUGAGUCGACAAGCGAGCCACUUCGUGUCAACGUCAGUCCAACUACGUACCUGUGUUUAAUCCAAAAAUCGGGAUUCAUAUUGGAACCGCGGACCAAGGACAAUCUACCCAAGGAGAUGCUAGCCAGUACAUCGGGCACGUGUUACUUUCUGAACGGCUAUCAACAUAGUGACGUCAGCGCGAGCGAACCUCUCAAUGUGCAUAUUCAAGCUGCAAUUAAGGAACUCGGAAUCAGUAGCAACAUGUAGACACCUUUCGACGUGGGGUCACGUCAAUCGACGAAACCGUAUCGUUGAUCAGUGUGUUAUUUUAACGAUAUUACCGUCGAUAAUAGCGAUGACACCCUGAUAUUAUCAGAUCAAUGUAUAUGAGCUCUCAAGCUGGCACUAAGAAAGAAAAAGGUACAUUCAAAGCAUGGCGCUAAUUGUACGAACACAUUGAAAGAUCUUUGCGCGGAUACUAUUUAUACGCAGAGUCUUAGGGGGGUUGUAAUCAUUAUAUACUUAUUAAAUAUACGAGCAAGUAAAACUCUA